CAGCAGCAGAGAAUGACGACGGUGGGGACAGACAAGGAGCUCAGCGACUUGCUGGAUUUCAGCGCGAUGUUCGAACUCCCGGUUUCAAAUGGCAAGAAUAGGCCAACAGUAAGACUGGCCAGCAGUCAGUUUGGGGGUUCAGGUGUUGAUGAGAGGAAUGGGUCCAGUCCAUGGGGGUCAGGAGAGCAGAACAGUCCAUCUUUCAACCAGGGGAGGUGUUUUGGCGAAGAAGGCAUUUACAGUGAGCAAGCUGGCAUUUUACCUGGCACAGUGUUUGGCACAGGAAUUGCUGGGAAGACUGAGAGAGGCCCUUACUCAUCAUUUGCAUCACAGCCGGGCUUUCUGCCCAGUGAAAUAGCCAUGCCCAGUCCCGAUUCCCUGUCUCCCUCUGGCUUGAAGCCCAGCUCCCAGUUUUAUUCUUCCUAUGAGGGCAACAAUCCUCGCAGACGGCCUGCACAAGACCCCAUUGAAACCCAGCCAAAAAAGAUCCGGAAGGUGCCCCAUGGCCUGCCCUCCUCGGUAUGUGCCUCUGGUGAGGAUUUUAACAGGGACAAUGCUGGCUACUCAGCUUCCAAAGCAGGAAGUAUCUACACUCCUCCAUUCUACAUGCAAGAAGGCCUCCACCCGCCUUCCGAUUCAUGGGGUUCUACUGGGUCGAUGGUUCAACCUGGUUAUCCUUCCAUGCUGGGUAACUCCACCCAUCUGAGCCAGCAUGGUCCCUUCACUGCCAUCAACCCCCAAGACAGACUGAAACGGCAACCACUGCCCCUAUCACCCCAAAACUACCCCCUCCAUGGUAGUGAGGUGAAUGGGACCCACCCUGCUGGCUUCCACUCCGGCUCGAACAGCUACGGAGUCCCGAGUCACACACCACCUAUUCCUGCCAAUCGGGGAGCAGUACCUGGAAGUUCUGGUGAUGAGAUUGGGAAAGCACUGGCUUCUAUUUAUCCUUCAGACCCAAACAGUAACGGCUAUUCAUCAUCCCCAUCCACCCCUUCUGGCUCUCCUCAGGCCACCUCAGGAUCUGCCUCCCAGUGGACAAGGUCAUCUGGACAGGCCACACCUUCACCUAACUUUCAUGGUGGAAUUCAGGGGAUGUCAAGUAAACUGGAGGACCGCCUAGAUGAAGCUAUUCAUGUUCUUCAGCGACAUGCUAGUGGACAAGGAGGACCAGGACUGGCUGAAAUGCAAAGUCUGCUGGCAUCUGGCUUGGGUUUAUCUUCAGCAUUUAGCAGUGCAACACUCAGCCUCACCAACCGCUUGCCAGGAUUGGUCUCUAGUCACCAUGAAGACUCGGCUGGUCUGCCCUCUGGUGGAGGACAUGGCCAUCACAGUUCCUCAUCUGGCCUACAAGGCUCUCAGCCUGAUGGUUUCACAAAUAUGGUGAGCAGCCUUAAUCGUUCCAGUGACAUCAAACGAGAGACCAAGGAGGAGGAUGAAAACUGCUCCGUGACUGAUAAGUCAGAAGACGAGAACAAAGAGUUAAAGGCUCUUCAAACGAGUCUGAUUGAUGAGGAUGACGAUGAAGAUCUACCAGUGGAGAUAAAAGCUGGGCGGGAGAAAGUGCGGAGGAUGGCAAACAAUGCCCGUGAGCGGCUCCGCGUGCGGGACAUCAAUGAGGCCUUUAAGGAGCUGGGCCGCAUGUGUCAGCUCCAUCUGAACUAUGAGAAACCGCAGACUAAAUUGAACGUGCUCCAACAAGCCGUUAACGUUAUACUCAACCUGGAGCAGCAAGUUCGAGAGCGUAAUCUCAACCCAAAGGCCGCCUGCCUCAAGAGAAGAGAGGAGGAGAAAGUGUCAGGCGUGGACCCCCAGAUGCAGAUGGGCGGAGGUCUCGGAGGUGAUGGACACAACCCUAUAAGCCAUAUGUAA